GUGUGUUAAAAUGUCAGAGGAUAAACAAAAGGCUUCCGCUAGUACGAAUGAUGAGUUGAGUCGUGUAGGGACUCUAGAUAAUUUUUCUCUGGAUAUUUGCCAUAUUAAGUUGGAUGGUACCAACUAUUUGAUUUGGUCUCGUACUUUUCCUUUGGCUAUUGAGGCCAAAGGGAUGUCCGAAUUCAUUGAGGGCCUUGUUACUCCCCCUGUUGAGGCGGUCGAACUCAAGAAGUUUAAAUCUCGGAAAUCGUUAGUUAUGACUUGGUUAUUUAACUCUAUGAGAGCUGAUAUUCGCCAUACUUUCCUGCUGCUUGAUACUCCACAUUAGAUUUGGACUACUGCAGCCCAGACCUAUUCUCAGCAGGGUAAUGAUGCACAAUGUUUUGAGUUGAGGAAGAGGCUCCGUACAUUGGAGCAAAAUCAUCGUUCUGUUGCUGUGUAUUUUGCUGACUUGAGUGGAGCUUGGGGGGAGUUUGAUUAUUAUCAAGGCUUUCAGGCUGUUUGUGCUGUGGAUGCUACUAAUUGGCUAAAAAGGAUGGAGAAAAAGCGUGUUUAUGAUUUUCUUGCUGGUCUUGAUCUGGAGCUUGAUCCGAUUAGAGUGCAGGUGUUGGGUCGUGUUCCGUUUCCAUCAUUGGGAGAGGCCUAUUCUAUUGUUCAGCAGGAGGAGAGUAGGAGGGGUGCUAUGUUGCACCCUCCUAUCUCUGAUCGUUCUGCCCUGGUUGUUACUCCUCAGGGUCAUUUUGGUUUUGAUAGCGCGCCUAUUCUCCAGGGUGGCAAGUCACAAUCUGGUACUAGCAGCGGGCCUCCUGAUCGUGCGUCACUCCAGUGUGAUUAUUGUCACAACACUGGUCAUACCAGGGUUUUUUGUUGGAAGCUACAUGGCAAGCCCUCUCGUGGGCGCGGGGGUGGACGCGGUGGCCAUGGUCGUGGUCCGGUGCGUUCUCGGGCCCAGGCUCAUGUUUCAGAGUCUUCAGUUGGCACCUUGCCUGAUUCUGGGUUUAGUUCUGAGAUUCAGGCAUCAUCUGAUCAUGUUGGUAGUUUCUCUCAAGGGGAGAUACAAACUCUUAGGCGCCUUAUGGCUCGGGCUGAUUCUCCAUCUACUAUAGCUUCCUCUUCCACAGCAGCUCCUACUUCAUCUUAUUUUGCUCACACAGGAACUGGAUACGGGGAAGGUGAUUGGCAGUGGUAAAUCACAUGGUGGGCUUUAUUUUUUGGAAUCUGAACCUCGUCCACCCAUGUCAUGUGGUCUUGCUCUGCAAGCAAAUAUGGGUCCAGCUCUUACUAUGUU